AUGCUCAUCAAAGUCCAAUAUGCAGUCAAUGGUACCAUUUUCGGUCGCUUAAAUGAAUAUUGUUUGAUGAUCAGAAAACAAUAUCCAAUGUUACCUGUUUCAAUAGGUUUCUGUAUUAACAGCACGAAUCAGGAGUUCAAGGAUCUCACUUACGAAUGUGAGAGACCAUUCAACCAACAACCGCUACAUCCUCUAAAUGCACUCGGGCGUUUUUUUAAAUAUAGAAACAGAAAGAAAGAGAUGCAACUUUUAGACUGUAGUACGGAAUUGCUGGACGUGUAUUCCGAGAUGAAGCAGCUAAUGAAGAAUGAAAGCAAGGAGCAAUUGACAUUGUUUGCAGCAAGUCGACAUCACAUUUCACCCGAGUGAUAUCAUUUCUGCUGGAGGAAGUUCCUGAGCCUAGAGCUGAAAAGAAAUGAACAGGGGGCUAUCUUCAGAAUGUGCUGCAUUUGAUAGAAGAAUUACAUUAGAAAUACAUCACUGCGAUACCAUCAUCCAAAACCAUUUCUAAGACCAAUGAUUGGAAAUUCAUCGAGAAAUAUAGAAAAGAACAUUGGACAAAGGUGAAUUGGGUUGUGUGCUAUGAAGCUAGACAAGAAAGAAGAAACCUUGACCUUUCCAAUAAUAUAAAUCGCUGAAAAGUGUCCGAGCGGCAUAUUAUUGUGCUGUAAAU